UUUUUAAUUUUAAAAUGAUUAAAAUAUUAAUUAAUUUAUUUUUUGUAAUAUUUUUAAUAUUUUUAUUUGGUAAUUGGUAUGGAAAUGGGGAAUGUGUUAUUACCACAAACGGGGUAACAACAUAUUCAGAAGAAGAAGAUUGUAUACAAAUUGUUCAAGGCUACAAAUAUUUUCAGAGUUUUCCGUUGAAUGGCACAAAAUCUGUUUAUAUGAUAAAUCCAAUUUUGUUAAUUAUUUCUAUUUUAAUUAUUUAUGUGUAG